CACCUGACUGCCUACGCAAGGACUUGCAGGCGUCACCUGACCAGGGCGGUCACGUGCCUUCGCUUCCUGCUCCGUACAGCCGGUUUCCGUUCGGUGUCUCUGUCGCCGUAAAGUACUGGUCAUAUUAUUCACAAUUAAAUACGCAGUUAAAUAAAAAUAAAAUAAACCAAAAUAAGCACCAUGUCAAUCUUCCCAGAGCUUUACUUCAACGUGGAUAACGGCUACUUGGAAGGGCUGGUCCGGGGUUUCAAAGCAGGAAUUCUGUCUCAGGGAGAUUAUCUGAAUCUUGUUCAGUGCGAGUCACUGGAAGAUCUGAAGCUGCACCUACAAAGCACAGAUUAUGGGAAUUUUUUGGCAAACGAGGCCUCUCCUCUCACCGUGUCUGUCAUUGAUGACAAGCUGAAGGAGAAGAUGGUGGUGGAGUUUCGCCACAUGAGGAACCAGUCCUACGAGCCACUGGCCAGCUUCCUUGAUUUUAUCACGUACAGUUACAUGAUCGACAAUGUUAUCCUUUUAAUUACUGGCACAUUGCAUCAACGAUCCAUCUCGGAGCUGGUUCCAAAGUGCCACCCCUUGGGAAGCUUUGAGCAGAUGGAGGCUGUGAAUAUUGCCCAGACACCUGAAGAGCUUUAUAAUGCUAUCUUGGUAGAUACUCCCCUAGCUGCGUUUUUUCAGGACUGUAUAUCCGAGCAGGAUCUUGAUGAAAUGAACAUUGAAAUUAUUAGAAAUACACUGUACAAAGCAUACUUGGAGUCUUUCUACAAGUUCUGUUAUACAUUGGGAGGUACAACCGCAGACACCAUGUGUCCUAUUCUUGAAUUUGAAGCAGACAGAAGAGCUUUCAUCAUCACCAUAAACUCCUUUGGAACUGAGCUGUCAAAAGAAGACCGCGCUAAGCUCUUUCCUCAUUGUGGCAAGCUGUACCCAGAAGGGCUGGCACAGUUGGCUAGGGCAGACGACUACGAGCAAGUCAAAGCGGUGGCAGACUACUAUCCUGAAUAUAAACUUCUUUUUGAAGGAGCUGGAAGCAAUCCUGGAGACAAAACCCUUGAGGACAGGUUCUUUGAACACGAGGUGAAGCUGAACAAGCUGGCAUUUCUGAACCAGUUUCACUUCAGUGUGUUUUACGCUUAUGUGAAACUGAAGGAGCAGGAGUGCAGGAACAUCGUGUGGAUUGCAGAAUGCAUUGCUCAAAGACACCGAGCCAAGAUCGACAACUACAUUCCUAUCUUCUAAAUCUCCAGUCCUGGAGCCCUGCAUUAAUAGAUGGUACCCGUCUCACUGUAUUGAUCAGCGAUUGUAUGGUCAUUUACAAAAUGGGCGGAAAAACAAACAAAAAAAAGAAACGUAGUGAUGUCUCGCCAUUUAAAAAAAAACAAAAAAAACUUUUUGAGUUGUAGUUAUUUUGUGUUUUGAUUCGAUUUAACACUAAAUGUACAGUACAGUGAUUUAUGUUUCUAUCUAUCCAGCAGUAGCACAGCUCCCGUAUUGGUUCUGUAUCUGCAGACAAGCAUGUUUUCAACAAGUAACUUAUAAGGGAAGGUAUUAGUUGAUACAGUUUCUGCUUCUAUUAACAUUUGCUGCAUUUUAUUUCAGCAUUACCUAAGUAAUCCACAAAAAUAAUCCCAUUAAAUGUUUUUCUGAUUACUUUUUGCCCGUAAAGGAAUAGGAUAGUGGAAAGUUAAUUUGAGUCUGUUUACUUGACUGUACAACAUCAGUGUUUUGGUGCUGUGCUAGUUAUACUUUAACUUGUGACAAAGCCUAAGCUGCCUCAGUUUGAGUUAACCAUUGUUUGUUCAUUGUGACUCAAGACUAUUGUAGUACAGGUGUGGUGUUAUGUGAGAAUUAAUCUGGAUCAUACUGAGGCUGCAUGAAGGACCCUUCGUCAAAGUCCUGUCAGAUCCUUGCAUCACGACAAGGCAGUUUGAUAUUAAGUGCAGCUAUUCUGCACUUGGGCCUGGCAGAAUACUGAAUUUGAAUUAUUCAUAGUCGUACCCUGCAUAUUAUAAAUGGAACAUUAACUAGAAGAGAACAAGGACUUUUUUUCAUGUUGGCUAGAUAACCUAUGCAAGUAUUACAUGCCAUGUUCAUAAAUCAUUAAUAUGACUUUUACAUUUACAACCAUAACUAAUGCUUUAUAAAUAUGGACCUUGGCGCAUAUUUUUGAUUCAUGAAUCAAAACAGCAAGAGAGGUUUAAUCCCUGUAGCCUUUUUGUUUUAAAUUCAAAACAUGGUAAUGCAUUUUGUAAUUUUGUGCUAUUUGAGAUGUAGACUUGCUUUGAUUACGUAUGCAUUUUCAAUGCAGCAAACUUCCAGUAGCAGCUGAAUAACUUGUCUUGGAUAUUUACCAGGUGCUGUGGUUGGAGCUUACUGUUUCUGCAUGUGGUAUUGAGGUGUUAUGUCAGCAUCUGCUGCAAACUGUUUACAGACACCGUUAUUACAGUUUUAUCCCUGUCAUGUCUAAAUGGCACAUUUUCCAUUCCUAAACAUGCAUUCUCAUAAGAGCGUUUUUUUGAACAGUAGUAGAUUUUUUUUGUUGUUGUUCGUUAUUUUAAAAUGUGAUUCGGCCUUAAGGGUAUCCCUCAUUAUCUGCAAGAGCAUCAAAGGUCAAUCUGCCAUCAGUUUCAAUCUCAAGAUUUUAUUUAGAUUUUAUAAUCUAAAAAUCCUGCCCAGUGACUUGAUAUAAGUGCAGGAACCAAAAUCAGACAAAAUAAGAUGGAUACUAUUAAAUGAGAUACACACACAUACAUAUACACAGCCGGGCGGCAGAACAUUAUAGCCGGGAGCACUUUUAACGGAAAAAUAAGCUUGCCUUUUAACUUAAAUAUAUAAUGCGACAAAUAAUUUGAAUAAUGUGUUGUCUUUCGUUGACUAUAUCUGGUUGUUCUUUUUUAUGUUCUACAUUUUCUUUUUCAUUACUGUUUUUUUAUUAUGGUAAAUUUACCGUGCUUAUUUAGGGAUUCUACGAUUUGAUUGGGGAAAGAUAACGUAGGGUUAAUGGAGUUCACAAAAAAAAAAAAACGAUAACCUUUGCACUUACUGGUUAGCUUAAUUUAUUGAGCCUGUUGCUUCAUUUAAAUUGUUUUCUUCUAUUUUUGUUUCUCACUGUUCUACAUUUUUUGAAUGCAAGUGUGCAUUUUAACAAUUUUUUUUAUUUUAUUUUUUAUUACAAAACAGUACUGGCACACGUUUGGUCACCAUCAUGAAACCGCAGUGUAAUAAUCCAGCACCGCUGCACUUAAGCAUUUGUAUGUCAGCUGACAAUGUUCAGCUGAUAUCCCAUCACGACUUUCUCAAAGGUGUACAGCUUCUAUAUAUGAACCCCCAGUGCAUAUGUAUAGCUAUUAUGUACUGUACUUCUUCUCCCUUUUGACCCCCUGCAUUCAUUGUCACUAUUUUUGCUUUGAAAGUAAUUGGUUAUUUUUUAGCAGUCAUUUUUAACGCUUUAGCCUCUCGAAGUGCUUAACACAGAAAACCCGCCCCUUCAACUCUCUGAUUGGUUAAAUGUUGUGUCAAGACUUAACACAGCUGUCAUGAGGUUCCAAGAUUUUUUUUUUUUCACGCAGCAACGGUCGCAGAGCCUACAAAGGCACCACGAAAUGUUCCUGUUAGGACAACUGAGGAAGUUAGCACCUCUGGUCACUGUUUUUAAAGUAACAAAAAUGCUUAUUCACUGCCAAACAUGAACUACUUUAGAUGUGUGAUGGCUGCAGUAUAGGAUACUGACCUUAGAUUUAGGGUUUCGGUGCUGGGAGAGGAUUAUUCAUUGUUUUAUUAACAAUAAUAUGAUAACCAAUCAGAGUGCAGUGUCCUGACAGGAACAUUUGGUAGUACCUUUUUAAGGACAGCGCAACGGUCUGCUAGAAGCUAAAUCAAUCUUUAUUUCACUGUAUUUAUUAUUAUUAUUAUUAUUUAUCUCUUAGCAGACGCCCUUAUCCAGGGCGACUUACAAUCGCAAGCAAAUACAAAUACAUUCAAGUGUUACAAUAUAAGUCAUACAAUAAGAACAAGAAAUACAAUAAUUCUCAAGUGUGACAAACCACAAUUCAAUAAUACAGCAGAUAAUAGUGAAAGUUACAUCAGGAUAUGAUUAAGUAGUGAUAGUUACAUCAGGAUAUGAUUAAGUACAAAAUACUACAGAUUAAACACUUGGCAGAUUACAAUAUUCUGAGGUACAGGAUUAAAUGCAGUAAAAUAGGGGGCAGAUAAGAGCAAAAUAAAGCAUAUUUAAAUGAAGGGUGAUAGUGUCCCAGGAUACAACAGAGGAGUUCUACAGGUGCUGUUUGAAGAGGUGAGUCUUAAGGAGGCGCCGGAAUGUUGUUGCUGUAUCUUGUAAAGCGCUUUGUGAUGGUGGUCCACUAUGAAAAGUGCUAUAUAAAAUAAAGAUUGAUUGUUAAAGGCACAGUAGCAUCUGCAAGACGGGCGGGUCAGGUUUUUUCAGCCUGAGGAGAACCCUGUUUGUAUGUAGAUCUAUAGAUAGAGGGAGUGAUACAGAUUAAAAAAAAAAAAAAAAUUCAAUUAAAGAUGCUUUGACCGUAAUUCAGCUGGAAUCCAGUUAGAAUUGAUCUUCAUAAUAUUGAUCAUUUAAAGCAACUCAUUGAAAAGGUAUGGCAGAUAGUGGGGUAUAUUACAGUUUAUCAUUGUACAUCUAUCAUAAAGCGGCGCUGUACUGUUGCAGGACACUCAGAACUGAACUACAGCUACUGCUCACUGCAUGGUAUCUUUAGUCUGUGUUUGGUGAAGUUAGUAAAUGUGCUUCAUAUGUUACAAAAAAAACCUAUAAGAAAUUACAUUAUUUUAAUGAGAAAAGUAUGACAAGUGAGUGUGGUUCAGUCUGUUUUAUUGGGAACAAAAGUUUGUUGAUGCAGUUUAAGUGGAAUGGUCCCAUUCUUAAUGCUCUGCAUUGUGUGGUGUCAUAAAGAUAAAUGGGGUCCAGUAAACUGUAGAACUUGUCUAGAAGUGAUGUGUCGAUGGCUUUGUGUUGUGUGUGUGUUCCUUUCCCUUGUAAAUCUGUAGAUUCCACUGGAGAAUAAAUUAAUAAUAACAGAAUUUUAAUUAUUUAUUAGAGUUGAUCUAAAUGAUCUUGUAUUGUUAUGAUAAAUAUGUAAUGUUUCUAAAAGCUCUAUGUCUGAUACUUUAAGAACUUCCCUGUGGUGUAUAUAUUCAAUUUACUGACUUGCAUCAAAGACUAGUGACGGGUGUUCGUUCUUAUUUCCUGUUUUUGUGAAUAUUAUUUCUCCUAAAUGUGACAAUAAAUAUUUACGUACAGUAAAAGAUGGGUUGCA